CUCGCGAUGUUGAAGAGAGAAGUUGCUUCCGGAUGCAGCACACAGAUCACCGCGUGCAGCACUCUUCAGUUGGAGCAGCGUGGUGACUAGAGAAGGAGAUACAUUUUUUGUUUAAACUUGGUGAAAAAGCGUCAGAGAUGCUUGUUUUAUUUGAAACCGCUGCUGGUUAUGCAAUAUUUAAAGUCCUCGACGAGUCAAAGCUCCAAGAGGUGGACAGUUUAUGGAAGGAGUUCGAAACGCCGGAGAAGGCCAACAAAGUAGUGAAGUUGAAGCACUUUGAGAAAUUCCAGGACACAACAGAGGCUUUGGCAGCGGCCACUGCCAUGACAGAAGGGAAAAUGGGGAAGAGUCUGAAGAAGAUCCUGAAGAAAGUGGUGGCUAAAGAAGCUCAUGAACAGCUGGCCAUCAGCGACGCUAAACUGGGAGGCGUGAUCAAGGAGAAGUUGAACCUGAGCUGCGUCCACAGCCCUGCGGUGGCUGAACUGAUGAGAGGGAUCAGGACACAGAUGGAGGCCCUGAUCACUGGCCUGCCCCCCCGGGAGAUCAGCGCCAUGUCUCUGGGACUGGCUCACAGUUUGUCCCGUUACAAGCUGAAGUUCAGCCCUGACAAAGUGGAUACCAUGAUAGUUCAAGCUAUCUCUCUACUAGAUGACCUGGACAAGGAGCUCAACAACUACAUCAUGCGCUGUAGGGAGUGGUACGGUUGGCACUUCCCCGAGGUGGGGAAGAUCAUCACAGACAACCUGGCCUACUGCAAGAGUGUCCGGAAGAUAGGGGCCCGUACCAACGUGGCCACCACGGACCUGUCCGAACAUCUACCUGAAGAGGUUGAGGCAGAGGUCAAACUGGCUGCAGAGAUCUCCAUGGGAACGGAGGUGUCAGAGGAGGACAUCGGUAACAUCAUGCACCUGUGUGACCAGGUGAUAGAGAUCACAGAGUACCGCACCCAGCUGUACGACUAUCUGAAGAACAGGAUGAUGGCUAUCGCUCCCAACCUGACUGUCAUGGUGGGGGAACUGGUGGGCGCGCGGCUCAUCUCCCACGCUGGGUCCCUGUUGAACCUGGCCAAGCACCCGGCCUCCACAGUCCAGAUCCUGGGAGCAGAGAAGGCCCUGUUCAGAGCCCUGAAGACCCGCAGGGACACGCCCAAAUAUGGUCUCAUCUACCACGCCUCUCUGGUGGGGCAGACCUCUGCCAAGAACAAGGGCAAGAUCUCCAGGAUGCUGGCAGCCAAAGCAUCUCUGGCGAUCCGCUACGAUGCCCUGGGAGAGGACACCAACGCUGAGAUGGGAGUUGAGAACCGGGCCAAGCUGGAGGCCAGACUACGCCACCUAGAGGAGAAGGGAAUCAGAAGAAUCAGUGGAACAGGCAAAGCCAUGGCCAAGUCUGACAAAUACCAACACAAGAGUGACGUGAAGGUGUACGACCCCUCCGGAGACUCCACCCUCCCCUCUGUUUCCAAGAAGAGGAAGUUUGAGGAGGUGGAGGAGGAAGAGGUGGUCACACCGGUGGCAGUCAAAUCCAAGAAACCCAAGAAAGAACCUGUGGAAGAACCAGAGGCGUCAACGGCAGCAGAAGAAACUCCCAAGAAGAAGAAAAAGAAGGCGAGGAAAGCCGAGGCAGCGGAGGAGGCGAUGGACGUGAAGGAGGAGGAAGAGGAGGCGACCGUCUCUCCCACAGAGGAAUCAUCAAAGAAGAAGAAGAAGAAAAAGAAGAAGGUCAAGGAGGAAGAGGGAGAAUAAUCUGCUUCUGUUUGGGGAGAAACUGUAUUAUAUUAGGACUUUUAGUUGUCGUUGCACACGUAUCUACCAGGGCCCUGACUGUCACGUAUCUACCAGGGCCCUGACUGUCACGUAUCUACCAGGGCCCUGACUGUCACGUAUCUACCAGGGCCCUGACUGUCACGUAUCUACCAGGGCCCUGACUGUCACGUAUCUACCAGGGCCCUGACUGUCACGUAUCUACCAGGGCCCUGACUGUCACGUAUCUACCAGGGCCCUGACUGUCACGUAUCUACCAGGGCCCUGACUGUCACGUAUCUACCAGGGCCCUGACUGUCACGUAUCUACCAGGGCCCUGACUGUCACGUAUUAGCCGUUUUAAAGGCUAGCGGAGAGAGGAACUGGAGACAGAGGUUAUUUCAGAAUGACCAGCAGCUGAUAUGUUAUGAUUAGGAAUGAGACUUAAUGAUCGUGUAAAAAUCGUACUGUGUGGAUUUGCGUUUAAGAUGACCCUUUUUUAGUAUACUGUAACCUAAAGAGCCAAUGGAUUGUAUACAAUAUCAGCUUGUCAAUGUUCAUGUUAAAACAUUUCAUUUCUCCACUGGUUUAACAACAUACCAUUUUUAACAGCUGUUUUGAUGUCUGUUUCCCACAAGUCUUUGUCCACAAGUCAACUUCUGCUCUGGUGGAUUAAAUCCAUUUUCUCAGA